CACUGGUUCAGAUCCUCAUACAGGCUCAGAUCUAUGAAUGAUCAGGUCUACAGCUGGUUUUGGUUGGUGACAAUGGUUCUGGUUCUGGUAGUAAUCCUGUCCUGUGUCUUGGCCAUCUCAGCUAAUGGUCUUCAUCAGGAAAUUCAGUUCAGUGGAUGUACAGAGAAUUAUAUGGAGGAUAUGAUUGGUCUGGAUGGUGAAGAAAUAAUGUUUGCUGAUUUUGAAAAAGGAACAGUAGUCAAUUGUCAGCCAGAGUUUGCGGGAAAGGUAGUGAGCGAAGGAUUUUAUGAACGUGCAUUGAAUCGUAUGAGCAGUUGCAAACAGCUCGUGGAACUCUUUCCUGAAAUCUUCAAAGACUACGAAGAACAGAGAGUUGAACCAUCCACUCCCAUGGUCUACCCCCGCGAUGAGUUGGAGAUGGGAAAGAACAACUCCCUUGUCUGUCAUGUGACAGGGUUCUACCCCCCUCCUGUGACCAUCUACUGGAAGAAGAACGGAGAGAAUGUGACCGAAGGAAUCACCUAUAAUGUUCCCCUCUUCAACCGAGACAGUACCUUCCACCAGUUCUCUAAACUGGAAUUCAUCCCUCAGCAGGGGGACGUCUACAGCUGCUCAGUGAGACACAUGACCCUAGACCAACCAAAAACCAGGCAGUGGGAGAUGAAGCAGACUGAUGCAAAUGUGGGACCUGCAGUGCUCUGUGGAAUCGGUGUGACUGUUGGUGUGCUCGGUGUGGCUGCUGGAAUCUUCUUCAUCAUCAAAGAAAACUAGCCCAGCUGAUUGGCCGGGGCUUUUAUAUUUGGGAGAAGCUGCUGUUCCUCAAGUUUGACGAAAUGCAAGCACAGAUCAAACACACAGGAUUGUAAACACACACAAUCAAAUAAUCUAUGUAUGAUGUGAUCAUAUCAGUAACAUAGCAUCAUGAGACUGGUUGGUGGGGGAAUUUUAAUGCAAAAAACUGUUUAAUGAAAAACAAUGUUCACUAUUAAAUAAAUAAAUUCA